UCCUCACUCGCACACUACUAUUUGGACGAUCCUCCAGUUUCACACUCACAACUAACCGUCUUCAUCUUCAUCGCACUUCCAUUUCUGAUACCAACACUCCCAGUGCCCCCCAUGCAACUCCGAUUUCGUUGCUCAGGUUGAAGAAGAAGAAGACGAAGCCUCCUUCUCCGUUCGCCUUCAUCAGAAAUAAGUCUACAAAUUUGGUUACUAGAAGUUUGAGAUCGAAAAUGGUUGGUGAUGAAGGGACGCCAGUCAGUGCAGAUGUCACUUCAGGAGAGAUGAUUUUCGAGCCUAUUAUCGAGGAUGGUGUGUUUCGAUUUGAUUGUUCUGGAAAUGAUAGAGAAGCGGCACAUCCGAGUCUCUCUUUUGUUAAUAGCAAGGAUAGGGAGACACCGAUUAAGAGUCAGACGAUGCCAUCAUGUAUCCCAAAGUUUGAAUGUCUUCUUGGCCAGCAGAUUGUUAAAAUUGAGCUUCCGGUUGCUACCUCUUUUUACGGCACUGGGGAAGUUAGUGGGCAACUUGAGCGGACAGGAAAAAGAGUUUUUACUUGGAACACGGAUGCGUGGGGCUAUGGUUCUGGAACUACGUCAUUGUACCAGUCGCAUCCUUGGGUGCUGGCUGUUCUUCCUUCUGGGGAGGCUUUAGGAGUUCUUGCUGAUACAACAAAGCGCUGUGAGAUUGACUUAAGAAAAGAAUCAGUGAUACAGUUCAUUGCUCCAUCCUCUUAUCCUAUCAUAACCUUUGGUCCAUUUGCUUCACCCAAUGCUGUUUUGAUAGCUUUAUCACAUGCAAUCGGUACUAUAUUUAUGCCCCCAAAGUGGUCCUUGGGUUAUCAACAGUGUCGCUGGAGCUAUGACACUGAUAAGAGAGUUCAAGAGGACCGUUUUCAAGAUCCAAAAUCCUUGGUGAACGAUCUCCACCAAAAUGGUUUCAAGGCAAUAUGGAUGCUUGACCCAGGGAUAAAACAGGAAGAUGGUUAUUUUGUGUAUGAUAGUGGUUCUAAAACUGAUGUUUGGAUUUCGAAAGCAGACGGAACACCUUUUGUUGGGGAGGUCUGGCCUGGGCCUUGUGUUUUCCCAGACUUUACACAAGCAAAAGCUCGAUCAUGGUGGUCCAACUUAGUCAAAGAUUUCAUUUCUAAUGGUGUUGACGGUAUAUGGAAUGACAUGAAUGAACCAGCUGUUUUUAAGGUUGUCACAAAAACAAUGCCUGACAGCAAUAUCCAUAAGGGGGAUGAGGAACUGGGUGGUUGCCAGAAUCACUCACACUACCACAAUGUCUAUGGAUUGCUGAUGGCAAGAUCGACUUAUGAAGGGAUGAAGUUGGGUAAUGAAAAGAAACGUCCUUUUGUCCUCACGAGGGCUGGAUUUAUUGGUAGCCAGCGUUAUGCUGCAACAUGGACCGGAGAUAAUCUUUCAACUUGGGAACACCUGCAUAUGAGUAUUUCUAUGGUACUUCAACUGGGACUUAGUGGUCAGCCGCUUUCAGGGCCUGAUAUUGGUGGCUUUGCUGGAAAUGCAACACCUGAGCUCUUUGGAAGAUGGAUGGGUAUAGGUUCUCUGUUUCCCUUUUGCCGUGGGCACUCUGAACAGGACACCAGUGACCAUGAGCCGUGGUCUUUUGGGGAAGAGUGUGAAGAAGUAUGCCGCUUGGCAUUGAGGAGGCGCUACUGCCUUAUACCUCAUUUAUAUACUCUCUUCUAUAUGGCUCAUACGACCGGUACUCUAGUGGCAAGUCCUACAUUUUUUGCUGAUCCCAAAGACACCAGCUUAAGGAAAAUGGAGACUUCUUUUUUGUUGGGUCCGGUUCUAGUGUACGCAAGCACUGCGGUUGGUCAGGGGAUGGAUACUUUGCGGUGCACAUUGCCAAAAGGAAUUUGGAUGCGUUUUGAUUUCGAUGAUGUGUGUCCCGAUUUACCAGCACUGUAUUUGCAAGGCGGAGCAAUUAUUCCCGUGGGUCCUCCUCAUCAGCAUGUUGGUGAAUCUACUAUACUAGAUGAUGCGACACUACUUGUGGCUUUGAAUGAACAUGGGAAAGCUGAAGGUGUAUUAUAUGAAGAUGAUGGUGAUGGAUAUGAGUUCCUGGAAGGAGGAUUCUUGUUUACACAUUAUGUUGCUGAACUUCAAUCAUCAAUGGUUAUUGUCAAAGUUUCAAAAACUGUAGGAUCUUGGAAGAGGCCAAACCGUCGCUUGCAUGUGCAAUUAUUGCUUGGUGGAGGUGCAAUGGUUGAUAUAUGGGGUAAGGAUGGAGAGGUUCUUCAACUUUCAAUGCCAUCAGAACAGGAGGUCUCUCAGCUGGUUUCUACCAGUGAGAAACACUACCAAACUUGUUUGGAAAAUGCCAAGCGUAUUCCAGCAGUAGAAGUGAGUUCUGCGCACAAAGGAAUAGAGCUUUCAGGGACGCCUAUUGAACUGAAAGGUGAUGAUUGGGCUAUUAAAGUAGUGCCCUGGAUUGGUGGGCGAAUCAUUUCCAUGACUCACCUUCCUUCAGGGACACAGUGGCUUCACAGUAGGGUUGAUAUUAAUGGUUAUGAAGAAUAUAGUGGUACUGAGUACCGCUCUGCUGGAUGUUCCGAGGAAUACAACGUUAUUGAACGAAAUCUUGAGCAUGCUGGGGAGCAGGAAUCUCUCAUGUUAGAAGGUGAUAUAGGGGGUGGAUUGGUUCUCCAACGACAGAUAUGUAUUCCAAAGAAUGAUUCCAAGGUUUUCCGGAUUGACUCUAGCAUCAUAGCACGCAAAGUUGGUGCUGGUUCUGGUGGAUAUUCAAGACUGGUCUGCUUGAGAGUACACCCAAUGUUCACCCUGUUGCACCCCUCAGAAUCUUAUGUUUCAUUUAUGGCUGUUGACGGAUCAAAGCAUGAAAUUGGGCCUGAAUCUAACGAGAAGUUCUAUGAAGGGAAUUUACUGCCUAAUGGUGAAUGGAUGCUCGUUGAUAAAUGCCUUGGCUUGGGGUUACUGAAUCGGUUUGAUGUUAGUCAGGUUUUCAAGUGCCUAAUCCACUGGGGAACUGGUACUGUUAAUCUGGAGCUGUGGUCUGAGGACAGGCCAGUUUCAAACCAAUCACCUCUUAGAAUAUCCCACGAGUAUGAAGUGAUAAAUCUCUAGAAAAUCUGGUAAUCGAACUCUAAAAUGCUACCAAAAUAAAACUGUCUGAACUGUAAGAAGCUGCUACAGUUUUAAGUGCGGCUUAAAUUACGUGAAAAUGUAGUCAGUUGCAUAUCAAUUUUAGUACCAUGGAAAAUGCUUUUGGCCUAUAGGACAGAGCCUGGCAUUGAGACCAAGGCACCUCUUAAAUAGAAAAUGGAAAAUCAUUAGAAUAUUUUAUUAGUAAAUAAUGUAUAUGUCAAAAUAUCAGUGUUUCAAAACCAUGGAUCUGCUAGUAUUUCAAAAUCAUGAUU